AUGGGUGUCCAGGUUUUCAUGGAUUGGAAGGGCAACCCCAUCAAUAAAGACAGGCAUGGUGGAGCCAAAGCUGCAUUGUUCAUCUGCUUUAUGGUGUUGAUGACAAACAUGUCGUAUGCACCAACCUUUCUAAACUUGGUCACAUAUCUUCGUGGUACAAUGCAUAUGGAUGUUGCCACUGUCACUAACUUCUUCGGGUUUUGUGAUGCUUACAUUGCAAGCAUAUCUUCCAUCUCUAAGACCACCAACAUGCGACGAUACAACUACUUCUGGUUCUGGGCAACAAAACCAGUUGAUGAUGAUGAUGAUGUUGAUGAUGAUGAUAUAAUCAACAUGUGCCGCCGCCGCAAGUCUAGCUACUUCAACUGGAUGAACAUCUGCAUUUCGGGUGGAUCCGUCAUGGGUCUAACCCUGAUAGUAUGGAUUGAGAGCAGCAAAGGAUGGACCCUAGGUCUCGCUCUAACUUCAGCUGUUAUGUUACUUGGACUUGUUUUGGUAGCUACAUUUAGAAAAAGAAAUCUGCCCUCACCAGAAAAUGAAGCAGAAUUAUAUCAAGAAUCUCCUGGUGAAGAGAAAAUAGGGGAGAUACUCUCACAGACAAAGAGUCUCAAAUUCCUAGACAAAGCUGCAAUUCUAAAUGGGUCAACAACAGGGAAUAUUAAUAAUAAUUGGUCUCUGUGCACUGUGACCCAAGUAGAGGGGAUGAAAAUCAUAAUUCGAAUGGUACCAAUCUUCCUCAGUGCUUUGCUUGCUUACAUUCAUGUACCACAACUUUUGACAUUUACCAUUCAACAAGGAAGCAAUAUGAACGCCAAGCUAGCAUCUGGGAAUAUCAAUGUCUCUCCUGUCUCUCUUCUCACCAUCCCCAUAUUUUUCCAAACAAUUUUCCUAAUCCUCUAUGAUGGCUUAUUUGUGCCAAUUGCAAGCAAGAUCACAGGACAUAGAACUGGCAUCACCCACUUGCAACGGGUUGGUGUUGGCUUCGUAAUGGUAUCACUAGCAGGUACUAUAGCUGCACUGAUUGAGAGGAAAAGGAAAAUCAUCGUAGCUGCUGGAGCUGGAGAUCAUGUGGUGCCCAUGUCUGUUUUGUGGCUUGGAUUUCAAUUCUUUGCUAUUGUUAUCAUCGAUGUGUUUACAUAUGUUGGUUUGCUUGAGUUCUUCAAUGGUGAGGCGUCGAGGGGGAUGAAUGAUAAGAUCCUUGAUCUCAGCCCACAAAACCGGUUCAGUAGGUGA